UUAAGCGUGUAUACUACCACACGGUCAAACAUUGGUGCUGAGAGUAAUAUAGAUCUGGUUUUGAAUGUGGAGGAUUUUGACAUUGAGUCCAAAUUUGAAAGGACAGUGAAUGUCUCUGUACCAAAGAAAACCCGAAAUAAUGGCACAUUGUAUGCAUAUAUAUUUCUUCAUCAUGCUGGCAUUUUGCCUUGGCAUGAUGGUAAGCAAGUGCAUAUAGUAAGUCCUCUGACCACGUACAUGGUCCCUAAACCAGAAGAGAUUAAUUUGCUCACUGGAGAGUCAGCCACACAGCAAAUUGAAGCAGAAAAACAGACCAAUGCUCUAGAUGAACCUGUCUCUCACUGGAGGUCAAGAUUAACCUUAAAUGUCAUGGUGGAAGAUUUUGUGUUUGAUGGAUCGUCCCUCCCUGCUGAUGUUCACCGUUACAUGAAGAUGGUUCAGUUGGGGAAGACAGUGCAUUACCUUCCAAUAUUAUUUAUUGAUCAGCUAAGCAACAGAGUGAAAGAUUUGAUGGUUAUAAAUCGUUCAACAACGGAGCUACCUCUUACAGUGUCAUAUGACAAAAUAUCUCUUGGAAAACUCCGAUUUUGGAUCCACAUGCAGGAUGCUGUGUACUCCCUUCAACAAUUUGGGUUUUCAGAAAAGGAUGCAGAUGAAGUAAAAGGAAUUUUUGUUGAUACUAACCUGUACUUUCUGGCUUUGACAUUCUUCGUAGCAGCAUUUCAUCUUCUCUUUGAUUUCCUUGCAUUCAAAAAUGACAUCAGUUUUUGGAAGAAAAAGAGGAGCAUGAUUGGGAUGUCUACAAAAGCAGUGCUUUGGCGGUGCUUUAGUACUGUGGUAAUAUUUCUUUUCCUUUUGGAUGAACAAACAAGUUUAUUGGUACUGAUCCCAGCAGGCAUUGGUGCAGUGAUUGAGCUCUGGAAAGUGAAGAAGGCUUUGAAAAUGACAAUCAAGUGGCAAGGCUUGAGACCCAAAAUUCAGUUUGGUACAUACACUGACUCUGAAAAGAAAACUGAGGAGUAUGAUACCCAGGCUAUGAAAUACUUGUCAUAUUUGCUCUAUCCGCUGUGUAUUGGAGGUGCAGGUUACUCCUUGCUGAAUGUCAAAUACAAAAGCUGGUACUCCUGGUUGAUUAACAGCUUUGUCAAUGGAGUGUAUGCUUUUGGAUUUCUGUUUAUGCUGCCCCAGCUGUUUGUAAACUACAAGAUGAAAUCUGUUGCACACUUACCAUGGAAGGCUUUCACAUACAAAGCAUUCAACACCUUUAUUGAUGAUAUAUUUGCUUUUAUCAUCACUAUGCCAACAUCUCAUAGGCUGGCGUGCUUUAGAGAUGAUGUCGUGUUCCUGGUCUAUCUUUACCAAAGAUGGCUUUAUCCUGUGGAUAAGAGCAGAGUGAAUGAGUAUGGAGAAUCUUAUGAAGAAAAGCCAAAAAAAAAAGCUCAUAGAGAAUAACUAAGAACUGAAGAAGAUUCUGACCCCUGGACUCUUACUGGCUUCAUGUAUUAUCUGGUCUUAAGGAAGGAAAAACUUAUUUAAUAAGAGUAUUUUUAAAGCUUAUGACAGAACUACAUGGACAAUAGAUCUUCUAUAUUGCCAAAAUCUAGUUUUUAUAUCCUCCUAUUUCAAGAUCCUCUUUUGUCCUCACAAGGUCCACAGUCUGCCAGAUGUCAUUAAAUAAACUUCCUGCAUUUAAACUUCUCUUUGGUGAAAACCUAAGUGUCCUGACCAUUGUAAUUAAUAUCCAAAUCUACGUUUCUAAGACAACUCGCUAACUGGAAGUCUGGUGCCCGUGCCAGUAGGCUAUGAAAAGUGAAAAAAGAAGCCAGUGUGUUACAGCAGAAUCAAGCACUGUUGCCAAACUGGAGGCUGUCAAAAAUAAAAUGUAUAAUAUUGG